AAGGGUAACUGGCGUGACACGCCAAUUCCACCCGGACGCACUGCGGCCGCUUGCCAUAUCAUGGUCGCCCGCCUGAAGGAUAGCAUGAAAAAUGAGAUCGCCGAGAUCAAGUCCGGCCAAUCUACAAACACCGGUGACGACGAUGCUGCGAAGACCACUCCCAAGAAGAGGGGGGACGCAGACGGUACACCAAAGACGGCCAAGUCUACUCCGCGUAAGCGCAAGACGAAAGCCGAGGGAGACGGGGAGUGCUCACCGAAGAAGCGUGGACGCAAGACGAAGGUUGUCGAGGAGGCUAGUGAAGGAUAUGAUGCGACUGACGGUGAGCCAGAGAUCGAGGCCGAGGCGGAUCAAAAGGAUGGAGUGCUCUACACGUAG